CGGAGGCAUGGUGGAACUCAGAGCUCUGAGACUGGACUGAGGGAGCUGAGGACAGCCCAGGACCCGGGAGGGCUCCACUCAAAGUCGUUCUUUCCGGCCCAAGAUCACCUUCUCUGAUCCCUGGGCCCUGACCCGCUCUUCAGUGGUGUGGAGGCAUGAGAAAGAAGGAAGCAGUGGGGUCUCCUCUCUGCCCUAAUUCUCCCUCGUGGCUCCCUCUUUAGAAAGAGCUGGGAGAAGUGUGUUCUCCGCCAUGAAGCUCGGCAAGAACCGGUCCCACAAGGAGGAACCCCAAAGACAAGAUGAACCGGCCGUGCUGGAGAUGGAGGACCUUGACCGCUUGGCCGUUCGCCUGGGGGAUGGGCUGGACCCUGACUCUGUGUCUCUGGCCUCUGUCACAGCUCUCACCACCAAUGUCUCCAACAAACGAUCCAAGCCAGACAUUAAGAUGGUGCCAGGUGCCGGGCGGCCCGUGGAUUACCAGGUCAGCAUCACUGUGAUUGAGGCUCGGCAGCUCGUGGGCUUGAACAUGGACCCUGUGGUGUGCGUGGAGGUGGGCGACGACAAGAAGUACACAUCCAUGAAGGAGUCCACUAACUGCCCCUACUACAAUGAGUACUUCGUCUUCGACUUCCACGUCUCUCCGGACGUCAUGUUCGACAAGAUCAUCAAGAUCUCGGUGAUUCACUCCAAGAACCUGCUGCGAAGCGGUACCCUGGUGGGGUCCUUCAAGAUGGAUGUGGGAACUGUGUACUCCCAGCCUGAGCACCAGUUCCACCACAAGUGGGCCAUCCUGUCGGACCCCGACGACAUUUCCGCCGGGCUGAAGGGCUACGUGAAGUGUGACGUGGCCGUGGUGGGCAAGGGGGACAACAUCAAGACGCCCCACAAGGCCAACGAGACAGACGAGGAUGACAUUGAAGGGAACUUGCUGCUCCCUGAGGGGGUGCCCCCCGAACGCCAGUGGGCCCGGUUCUACGUGAAGAUUUACCGAGCAGAAGGGCUGCCCCGUAUGAACACCAGCCUCAUGGCCAAUGUGAAGAAGGCGUUCAUCGGGGAGAACAAGGACCUGGUUGACCCCUACGUGCAAGUCUUCUUUGCUGGCCAGAAGGGCAAGACAUCAGUACAGAAAAGCAGCUACGAGCCACUGUGGAAUGAGCAGGUCAUCUUUACAGACCUGUUCCCCCCACUCUGCAAGCGCAUGAAGGUGCAGAUCCGAGAUUCCGACAAGGUCAACGACGUGGCCAUCGGCACCCACUUCAUUGACCUGCGCAAGAUUUCUAAUGAUGGAGACAAAGGCUUCCUGCCCACGCUGGGCCCGGCCUGGGUGAACAUGUACGGCUCUACACGCAACUACACGCUGCUGGAUGAGCACCAGGACCUGAAUGAGGGCCUGGGGGAGGGCGUGUCGUUCCGCGCCCGCCUCAUGCUGGGCCUGGCGGUGGAGAUCCUGGACACCUCCAAUCCUGAGCUGACCAGCUCCACGGAGGUGCAGGUGGAGCAGGCCACGCCUGUCUCGGAGAGCUGCACGGGGAAAAUGGAAGAAUUCUUUCUAUUCGGAGCCUUCCUAGAGGCCUCAAUGAUCGACCGGAAAAAUGGAGACAAGCCAAUCACGUUUGAGGUGACCAUAGGCAACUAUGGGAAUGAAGUUGAUGGCCUGUCGCGGCCCCAGCGGCCUAGGCCCCGGAAGGAGCCUGGGGAUGAGGAAGAAGUAGAUCUGAUCCAGAACUCCAGUGAUGAAGAUGCUGGUGAGGGUGGGGACCUGGCCUCGGUGUCCUCGACUCCGCCCAUGCGGCCCCAGAUCACUGACAGGAACUACUUCCAUCUGCCCUACCUGGAGCGCAAGCCCUGCAUCUACAUCAAGAGCUGGUGGCCCGACCAGCGUCGCCGCCUCUACAACGCCAACAUCAUGGACCACAUCGCGGACAAGCUGGAAGAAGGCCUGAACGACGUGCAGGAGAUGAUAAAGACAGAGAAGUCCUAUCCGGAGCGUCGCCUGCGGGGUGUCCUGGAGGAGCUCAGCUGUGGCUGCUACCGCUUCCUCUCCCUUGCUGACAAGGACCAGGGCCACUCGUCCCGCACCAGGCUGGACAGGGAGCGCCUCAAGUCCUGCAUGCGGGAGCUGGAGAGUAUGGGGCAGCAGGCCAAGACCUUGCGGGCACAGGUGAAGCGGCACACGGUGCGGGACAAGCUGAGGCUGUGCCAGAAUUUCCUGCAGAAACUGCGCUUCCUGGCAGACGAGCCUCAGCACAGCAUCCCCGACGUCUUCAUCUGGAUGAUGAACAACAACAAGCGCACCGCCUACGCCAGGGUGCCCUCCAAGGACCUGCUCUUCUCCAUCGUUGAGGAGGAGCUGGGCAAGGACUGCGCCAAGGUCAAGACGCUCUUCCUCAAGCUGCCGGGCAAGCGGGGCUUCGGCUCCGUGGGCUGGACGGUGCAGGCCAAGCUGGAGCUCUACCUGUGGCUGGGCCUGAGCAAGCAGCGCAAGGACUUCCUGUGCGGCCUGCCCUGCGGCUUCGAGGAGGUCAAGGCAGCCCAGGGCCUGGGCCUGCACGCCUUCCCGCCCAUCAGCCUGGUCUACACCAAGAAGCAGGCGUUCCAGCUCCGGGCCCACAUGUACCAGGCUCGCAGCCUCUUCGCUGCCGACAGCAGCGGCCUCUCGGACCCCUUCGCCCGCGUCUUCUUCAUCAACCAGAGUCAGUGCACGGAGGUGCUAAAUGAGACCCUGUGCCCCACCUGGGACCAGAUGCUGGUGUUCGACAACCUGGAGCUAUAUGGCGAAGCCCAUGAGUUGCGGGAUGACCCCCCCAUCAUCGUCAUCGAAAUCUACGACCAGGACACCAUGGGCAAAGCCGACUUCAUGGGCCGGACCUUCGCCAAGCCCCUGGUGAAGAUGGCGGACGAGGCGUACUGUCCACCCCGCUUCCCACCCCAGCUCGAGUACUACCAGAUCUACCGCGGCAACGCCACUGCCGGGGACCUGCUGGCUGCCUUCGAGCUGCUGCAGAUUGGGCCUGCGGGGAAGGCAGACCUGCCACCCAUCAACGGCCCGGGGGACAUGGACCGAGGUCCCAUCAUGCCUGUGCCCGUCGGCAUCCGGCCCGUGCUCAGCAAAUACCGAAUCGAGGUGCUCUUCUGGGGCCUGCGGGACCUGAAGCGGGUCAACCUGGCCCAGGUGGACCGGCCGCGGGUAGACAUCGAGUGUGCCGGGAAGGGGGUGCAGUCGUCCCUGAUCCACAAUUACAAGAAGAACCCCAACUUUAACACCCUCGUCAAGUGGUUUGAAGUGGACCUCCCGGAGAACGAGCUGCUGCACCCGCCCCUGAACAUCCGAGUGGUGGACUGCCGGGCCUUCGGCCGCUACACCCUGGUGGGUUCCCACGCCGUCAGCUCUCUGAGGCGCUUCAUCUACAGGCCCCCAGACCGCUCGGCGCCCAACUGGAACACCACGGGCAGGCUCCCUCGGGGUCGCCGUGUGCUGUGCGAUGGCGGUCCCUCCUCUCACCCCCCAGGGGAGGUCGUGGUGAACAUGGAGCCAGAGGUGCCUGUCCGGAAGCUGGAGACCAUGGUGAAGCUGGACGCGACUUCUGAUGCCGUCAUCAAGGUGGAUGUGGCUGAUGAGGAGAAAGAAAAGAAGAAAAAGAAGAAAAAGGGCAGCUCAGAAGAGCCAGAGGAGGAGGAGCCCGAUGAGAGCAUGCUGGACUGGUGGUCCAAGUACUUUGCCUCCAUCGAUACCAUGAAGGAGCAACUUCGACAGCAAGAGGCCUCCGGCAUUGACUUGGAGGAGAAGGAAGAGGUGGAGAACACGGAGGGCCUAAAGGGGCCGAUGAAGGGCAAGGAGAAGGCAAAGGCGGCGAAGGAGGAGAAGAAAAAGAGAACCCAGAGCCCCGGCACUGGCCAGGGGCCUGAGGCCCCAGAGAAGAAGAAACCCAAGAUUGAUGAGCUUAAGGUGUACCCCAAGGAGCUGGAGUCUGAGUUUGACAACUUUGAGGACUGGCUGCACACUUUCAAUCUGCUGCGGGGCAAGACGGGGGAUGACGAGGACGGUUCCACGGAGGAGGAGCGCAUCGUGGGCCGGUUCAAGGGCUCCCUCUGCGUGUAUAAAGUGCCACUCCCAGAGGACGUGUCCCGGGAAGCCGGCUACGACCCCACCUACGGCAUGUUCCAGGGCAUCCCCAGCAACGACCCCAUCAAUGUGCUGGUCCGAGUCUAUGUGGUCAGGGCCACGGACCUGCACCCCGCAGACAUUAACGGCAAAGCCGACCCCUACAUUGCCAUCCGGCUGGGCAAAACUGACAUCCGAGACAAGGAGAACUACAUCUCCAAGCAGCUCAACCCUGUCUUUGGGAAGUCCUUUGACAUCGAGGCCUCCUUCCCCAUGGAAUCCAUGCUGACAGUGGCCGUGUACGACUGGGAUCUGGUAGGCACCGAUGACCUCAUCGGGGAAACCAAGAUUGACCUGGAGAACCGCUUCUACAGCAAACACCGGGCCACCUGUGGCAUCGCCCAGACCUACUCCAUACAUGGCUACAAUAUCUGGCGGGACCCCAUGAAGCCCAGCCAGAUUCUGACCCGCCUCUGCAAGGAGGGCAAAGUGGACGGCCCCCACUUUGGGCCCCCCGGGAGAGUGAAGGUGUCCAACCGUGUCUUCACUGGGCCCUCCGAGAUCGAGGACGAGAAUGGUCAGAGGAAGCCUACGGAAGAGCAUGUGGCUCUAUCUGCCCUGAGGCACUGGGAGGACAUCCCCCGCGUGGGCUGCCGCCUGGUGCCCGAACACGUGGAAACCCGGCCCCUGCUCAACCCUGACAAGCCAGGCAUCGAGCAGGGCCGCCUGGAGCUGUGGGUGGACAUGUUCCCCAUGGACAUGCCGGCCCCUGGGACGCCUCUGGACAUCUCCCCCCGGAAGCCCAAGAAGUAUGAGCUCCGGGUCAUCGUGUGGAACACAGACGAGGUGGUCCUGGAGGACGAUGACUUCUUUACUGGGGAGAAGUCCAGCGACAUUUUUGUGCGGGGGUGGCUGAAGGGCCAGCAGGAGGACAAGCAGGACACGGACGUCCACUAUCAUUCCCUCACGGGCGAGGGCAACUUCAACUGGCGCUACCUGUUCCCCUUCGACUACCUGGCCGCUGAGGAAAGGAUUGUCAUCUCCAAGAAGGAGUCCAUGUUCUCCUGGGACGAGACCGAGUACAAGAUCCCCGCGCGGCUCACCCUGCAGAUCUGGGACGCGGACCACUUCUCCGCGGACGACUUCCUGGGGGCCAUCGAGCUGGACCUCAACCGCUUUCCCCGGGGCGCCAAGACAGCCAAGCAGUGCACCAUGGAGAUGGCCACGGGGGAGCUGGACGUGCCCCUGGUUUCCAUCUUCAAGCAGAAGCGCGUCAAAGGCUGGUGGCCCCUCCUGGCCCGCAAUGAGAACGAUGAGUUCGAGCUCACGGGCAAGGUGGAGGCAGAAUUGCAUCUACUGACAGCGGAGGAGGCAGAGAAGAAUCCGGUGGGCCUGGCCCGCAAUGAACCUGACCCUCUAGAGAAACCCAACCGGCCUGACACCGCCUUCGUCUGGUUCCUCAACCCCCUCAAGUCCAUCAAGUACCUCAUCUGCACGCGGUACAAGUGGCUCAUCAUCAAGAUCGUGCUGGCGCUGCUGGGGCUGCUCAUGCUGGCCCUCUUCCUCUACAGCCUCCCCGGCUACAUGGUCAAGAAGCUCCUGGGGGCGUGAAGCAGCCCCCCCACCACUACCGCCCCCCAGGCCUAGCUGCCGCUCCCCGCCCCCCCCUCCCGCCUGGACCUGUGCCUUUGCCCCUCCUCUGGCGUGGACCUUGCACUCUCCCUGGGGAGCUCGAGAAGCCCAGUGUCCCCCCUCCCCUUGCAGCCUCCUGCUUGCUGGGCUGGUGACACCCCUGCCCCUGCUCCACCUGAGCCGGCUGCGGGCCUCACCCCACCCCUCCGGUCCCUGCCCGAGGGGUGGGAAGUGUGGGCAGGGGUGGGGGUCUGCCCCUCCUUGCUGAGGCACCACUUUCUUCAGGCCCUGGCUCCGGGGAGGCCACCCCAGAUGCCCCCAAGGCCCUCCAGUGGAAGAGUAAAACUUUAGUGGAAUUGACUGAGAAUCCCAUCGUGGGCCAGUGCCCAGAGCUAUAAAAAAGAAAUGAGUAAGCAGAAAGCAUCACCCUCCCUCCCCAACAGAAUCCUAUGAGGACAGCCACACCACCAGUCUGUUCUGCAAACGUGGGCCAGGCCCUUCCUACCAAUGGUGGGGAGGUGGCUGCUUCCUGCCUGCCGCCCUCUGAGAGUGGAUCUUCUUCCCGCCCGGGAGACACCCCGGUGGGAGCACAAGCCCAGGCCCGGCCCUGCCUGUGGGUUUUUAUCGCUUCCCAGAGCUUCCUCCGCCCAGACCAGUGCUCAGAAGCCUAGAUGAGGAGCAGUGAGAGUGAACCCCUGUGCCCCACCCCCACCCCAGUGCCGCCCCGCCCCGCCCUGCCAGGACCUCAUUUCGGCCAGGCAGGGGGAUGGUACUUGCAGUGAGAGCCGGGUUUCUCUUGGCUGUUGUUCCUUUCUU